AUUACGAAAAUAAUUAAUAUUAAAAUGUAAAACUAUAUUUUAUGCCACGUGUCAUCUUUCGAGAAAAUUUUUUUCCGCUGAUGUGGACGCCCUAUGGAGCCUCAAAAGCUCCCUUUUAUUAGUAGAGAUUAUAUAUUUAAUAACAUGUGCAAGGAAGAGAAUGAAAUGUGAUAGAAAGAAAUUUUCUUGAAUUACCAUUCACCUAGUGUAGUCAUCUUCUUACUUAUGUCACUUAUGGUGUUUUUCUUUUUUUGGUAAUAUUUCAUGGUUAUCUUAUAAAGUAACAUUAAUAUUUUUUGUUAAAGUGUUAACCACUACUGAUGUGAUAAUUGCGGUUACGUAUAUUAGUUAACAUCUUAUCUCCGACAAUACCGGUUGCAGCUACCCAAAAGCCAAAACUCUGCCAUCAUAAUCUAUUGUUGGUUACUGAAUCUUUUUUACCUUUAUCUCAAAGAUGUAUACUGCAAUGAUGAUUUAAUAUUUUGUAAUGUGGUUAGUUUCAGAAAAAUAUUACUUAAAACGUUAUUAUUGUCCUAAAAGUAUUUUACCAAAAAAAAAUAGAGAAAAAGACCAAAAUAGCACUAAAUCAAGUUUUUGUUCCCAAACUAGCACUCAAGGCCAAAAGUCACAAAAAUAGCACUCAAGGGGUGAGGUUUAGGAUUUAGAGUUUAGGGUUUAGGGUUUAGAGUUUAGGUUUUAGGGUUUAGAGUUGAGAAGUGAAGUUUUGGGGAUAAGAUUUCAAAUUUUGAAAAAUAAAAAAAUUUAAAUUUUUCAAAAGAUAAAAUGCUAUUUUGGUCAUUUUAGUUUUUGAGUGCUAUUUUUGUGAUAUAAACUUAGAAAAGUGUUAUUUUGGAGAUUUGCCCAAGAAAAUAUUGUCCUAAAAUAUUUUAGUAUUUUACCAAAUAAAUAUUGUCCUAAAAUAUUUAAAUGCACAUCUGCAUAAAUGUGGGCUACACAAAAAAAAAAUGUGGACGAAUUAAGAUUUUUAUGAGGAUGGAAAAUAGUAGAAGUACAAAACGUAAGUAAAACAUAAAAAAAAAACUCGUGAAAAUGAUAUACUCAUUAUAUUAGAUAGGAAUUCUAACUUUAUCUUAAAUUUGAUACCACUUUUUAAUUUAGUUUUAAAUGAUAAUCCUUUUCACGUAGCAUUAAAUUUAUUAUGAAAAAGACAAAAUUAAUGGUUUUAAAUCAUUCAUAAAUGUUAUAGAAUUAUUUAUAGAAGUUUAUAAAUUUAAUCCACUCUUAAAUACUAAAUCUUAAAAAAUGAUCAUUAAACUUUAAAUCCAAAUGUUAUGAUAUUUUUGAUUAAAUGUGUUUUUGGAAUAUGAAAUUUAAUUUAGUAUAUUUCAAACAGUUUCUCUUAUAUUAUUGGUAACUUAGUUAAAACUGGAAAAAAUAAAUUAAAACUAUAAGGGUUAAAUCGUAUAAAAUACAAGUUAUUCAACUUAUUCAACAUGCGAGGCACACGCAGGGAAGUCAAGUGUGAACCUUUAAUUUAAAGCUCUAGUGCCGAAGUAAGUGCUACUUAAGUACACUAAUAAAUCUGAAGGACAUUUUUCAAUCCAUACCACGAUCCUCUAACUAAUGUUCAAUUUACGGCAUUCUUAACAUUUGUUCAUUAGGAUAACGCGUUGGGUGAUUGAAAAAAAGAGAGACCGAGUCAAACUUAGAUAUUUUACUACUAUUUUACAUAGUUUUUUUUUGUGUGCAAAACUCUUUACGUAGUUUGUUAUUCAAAAAAUGUUGUCUGAUUUCGAUUAUGAUCAAGAUCUUCGGUGACGAAAUCUAAAGAUCAACAUCAUAAAACUACAUUUUCUAGUCUCCCUGAUUGGAGUUGCCAUCAUUUAAUUUUGUUAGAUGGUUAACAUAUAUACUUGUUAUAAUUAAGGUUUAUUAUGUUAUUGUUUCUUUUUUUUCCUAGAGUGUUUUCUUCUCACGAACUAGAGUACUGUUAUCUAUCUACCGAGCACGUCCUAGUAAAUAUAUGGCUAGAAACAAAAAUAAAAGGAUGUGGCCUACUUUUUCAAAGGGAAUCAAACCCUUAAGGCUAAACCUUUGUGACAUACAAAAUACCCAAACUGCUAAUGCUAUUAAGAACUUUCUGUUAAAUUUUUUUAACACCGUUAAAUAAGAUGUUCUCUGGCGGCAGGAAGCACAAGAUUCUUCAAGUUCCAUCAAGGACUGGUUCUGUCUAUUUAACUAACACAAAAAUUACAUUGAAAUUUAUCGGGUGUUUAUCUCAACAUUAGCUGGUAAUAUGUAGUAGAUUGUCUAUAUCUUCAUAUAUAGUAUUCAGAGUAUUUUUUUAAUAAUUCUUUUAUAUAUCAUAAUCAUUUUUGUUUCUGACUCAUUCCGAAAUGAAUUUUACUUUUGAAUCCAAAACAUUCUCCACUUGAAUAGCCUUGGAAUCUGAUAUCAUACUUGUAUUAGCUUCCAAUUUCUAAAAAUUAUUUUAAUGUUAGAUGCAACUCAAAACAAGCAUAAACAAAAUAAAUAUUUCAGUGUCCCAAAUACAUUGUUUUUAGGUAUCUUCUUAUUUCCAAUGUAUAUUCUAGGUUUCUAACAACGAUAACAUGUGAAAUAAGCGUUUUAGAAGAUUCUACAUGUAUGUGCUAUCUAAAAAUUAGCUACCAAAAGCAUGAGAACAAAACAUAAAUCUAAAACAAGGAGCAUCAUAUAACCUGUUUGGGAACGAAUUAUUUAGCAGCAUAUAUAGUUUAAUGUUGACGAAUUUGUAACUCCAAGUAUAAAUUACUUGCUAAGUCUAUCAAACUAUAAUCAUGUGGUAUCUGAUCUCUAAUCUACAAAGAUCCUGAUGAUGAACACUCCCUAGCAACGCGGUUCAAUAAGAUCAUCAACAUUUCUUGAUUUAUGGUUUAAUGCACUCUUAAAAACACAGCUUGAUCAACUAAAAUGGGAAAAAUAUUUUUGCUCAUGUAUUUUGUAUAGAAGUUGAAAAAACAAUAAUAUUAACGUGUGUACUUGAAUAAUUGGGAUCAUAUUAUGAAAUUCUUGUUUUAUAAUAAUAUUAUUGGAAACAAAAUUCUUAUAUUGCGGCCGCUUAUGCCUUCUUUCCACAUGUUGCAAAUAGUUUAAAGAAGCAAGCUUUUCUUUAAAAGAUAUUAUUAUUUUUUUAUUCAUCUAUAAAAACCAAUCAACUUCUGCAUCUUUCCCUGUGGAUACACCCCUUCUCUCUCUACACAUAACUCCAACAAAAAGUGUUUCUCUCUCAGUUAAGACAAACAGAGAAAAGGUACAAAGUCUCGAUCUCUUCUCUGAAUUUCUCUUUGUGGGUCUCUCUGUUUCAAUAUGGACGGCAAAAGAAGCUUAGAGAUCAACAAGAACAUGGGGGACUUCGAGAACAACGUGGAUGACGAAAUGGACCUAAGGAGAGGUCCAUGGACGGUUGAGGAAGAUUUCAAGCUCAGCAAUUACAUUUCCACUCUUGGAGAAGGCCGAUGGAACUCUCUAGCUCGUUGCGCCGGUCUCAAAAGAACCGGAAAAAGCUGUAGAUUACGGUGGUUGAACUAUCUCCGGCCAGACGUCCGCCGUGGAAACAUAACCCUUGAAGAACAACUCUUAAUUCUUGAACUUCACUCCCGUUGGGGCAAUAGAUGGUCUAAGAUUGCACAAUAUUUACCGGGAAGAACAGAUAACGAGAUUAAAAACUACUGGAGAACACGCGUGCAAAAGCAUGCAAAACAGCUUAGAUGCGACGUGAAUAGUCAACAGUUUAAAGACACCAUGAGGUAUCUUUGGAUGCCUCGUCUCGUAGAGCGGAUCCAAGCCGCCUCCGCUUCAUCCACUACUGGUUCUGCUGCCAAGUCUUGCGUCACCACAACCACAGAUCAGUUCUUGAUCACGUCAUACGACGGAGGAGCCAACAACAACAAUACCAACAUAGACCAUUUGGGUUUAACGAGCAACCCUAAUGGUUACGUCACGUCGGGAACUUCCAGCGUUACAGUGUCUCCGGCGUCCGGUUUGACGGAGUAUAACAUAGGCAGUGAAGUGGGACAGAUUGAAACUAGUUUUGAUCCGGUUCAGAGUUUGGUGGGUCCACAAAUCAUGUUGCCAUCGCAAAACUACCUGGAUGAUAAAAGUGGAUUAUUAAACGGAGGUUUAGGGGCGAUGCAGGAGCAGAGUUAUCCUAAUUUGUUUGAAAAUAUUAAUGGAAUGAUACCUUCUUAUUCGGACAGUUUCUGGAACAUUGGAAGUGAUGAAGACUUUUGGCUUUUACAGCAACAACAACAGCAGCUCCUCAACAAUGGAAGCUUCUGAAUAGACAAAAUAAUUAUCUAUAAAGAAAAAGAAUAGUGAAGUGGAUUAACUAGUGUGUGAAAGGAAUUGGUAUUAAAGGAAAAAACUUAUAUUUGAAAAAGGAGGGUUUCCUAUAUAUUUUUGAAGUGAUUUUGAUUGGUUCGUGUUUUUUUGGGAUUUUGAUACUUCAUUAUAAUUAUGCUGAUAAUUAAAAAAAAAAUGGAAUCAAAGUACUAACUAAGUCUCCUUUUAUCUUUUGUGCAUUUACUUGAAAGGUUUUCUGAAACUAUAAAGUAUUUGCGGAUUUCCUUCAUGGAAGCAUGACAAAGCUCAUUUCAUUAUAUAUGUUUUCCCAAGGAAUCAAACCAUGCAUAAUUGGUUCCACCAUGUUUCAUACAACUUAACUAACUCAGUAUAUGUCACAGAGGCAAACAAAAAUUAUGGAGUAUAUUAUAAUGAAUUUGGCAUGAUA